CAAUAACAGAAUACACUUUAAAAGAAAAAAUUCAGUUCCUGAGAAAAGCGAAAUGAAAGCAAUUUUGCUCGCCUUUCUUCAAGCUCAAAUCCGUUCAAAACUGUGAACUCUUUUUAAUUACCUAAGAGAUAGAAAUUCUGGAUCUCAUAGCUUCCACGUGUUUUAUCACUUUCUUUGAUCUCUUCUGCAUUGAAUUUGAGGAGGAGGAGUUUGUUUUUGUGUUUUGUAGUGAAAAGUAAAACUGGGAUUUGAAUAUAAGAAUGAUGGAGAGAGCAGAGUCAGGACAGAAGCUAUAUACAAGAAUGCGAUUAUGGGAAUUUCCUGAUCAGUAUUUAAUUGAGCCUACUGAUGGAUCUUCUGCUUCUCCUUUGUCUAUUAAUCGUGCAGAUGGUUCUUUGACUCUUCUUGAUGGAGUACCAGAAUGCAGCUCUGUUCGUGUUCCUAAAAUCAGGACUAUUUUUGGUGUCGUUGGGAUGCUUAAGCUAGUUGCAGGUUCGUACUUAAUCGUUAUAUCAGAACGAGAGUGUGUUGGAUCAUACUUGGGACAUCCUAUCUUCAAAGUUACAUCUUUGAAGAUUUUACCUUGUGAUCGUUCUCUUAAAAAUUCACCUGCAGAACAGAAAAAGGCGGAGACUGAAUUUUCUGGGCUGCUUAAUGUUGCAGAGCGGACUUCUGGUCUUUAUUUCUCAUAUGAUGCUAAUCUAACACUGAGUGCACAGCGGUUGCAUGAUUUAGGUGACGAAUCUAAAUUACUUCCUCUUUGGAGACAGGCAGAACCCAGGUUUCUCUGGAACAAUUAUAUGUUGGAACUGCUAAUAGAUAACAAGCUCGAUCCAUACCUACUUCCCGUUGUCCAAGGGAGCUUUCAUAACUUUCAAGCAGCCAUUGGUAAAGAAAUAAUUGAUGUUACUCUGAUUGCUAGGAGAUGCACGAGGAGAACUGGUACUCGCAUGUGGCGAAGAGGAGCUGAUCCUGAUGGGUAUGUUGCCAAUUUUGUGGAAACUGAACAAAUUGUACAGAUGAAUGGAUAUACGUCAUCUUUUGUUCAGGUCCGAGGAUCAAUUCCGUUUCUUUGGGAGCAGAUCGUUGAUUUAACAUAUAAGCCUAAGUUUGAGAUUGUCAGACCUGAGGAUGCUCCUCGAGUAGCAGAGCGGCAUUUUCUGGAUUUGAGAAAAAAAUAUGGAACUGUGUUAGCCGUUGACCUUGUCAAUAAGCAUGGAGGUGAGGGACGCUUAAGUGAAAAAUUCGCCAGUGCAAUGCAGCAUAUUAUUAGUGACGAUGUAAGAUAUCUACACUUUGAUUUUCAUCGAAUCUGUGGGCAUAUUCACUUUGAGCGCCUUUCAAUCCUUUAUGACCAAAUUGUGGGUUUCCUUGAGAAAAGCGGGUUCCUUUUAUUGAAUGAAAAGGGUGAGAAAAUGAAGGAGCAAACUGUUGUUGUAAGGACCAACUGUAUUGAUUGCUUAGAUCGUACAAAUGUUACCCAGAGCAUGAUUGGUCGAAGAAUGUUAGAGAUUCAACUGAGAAGGAUUGGUGUUUUUGGCGCAGAAGAAACUAUUAGCUCACACCCAAACUUUGACGAAAGCUUUAAAAUACUGUGGGCUAAUCACGGGGAUGACAUAAGCAUUCAGUAUUCUGGUACUCCUGCUUUAAAAGGAGAUUAUGUAAGAUAUGGCCAGAGGACAACCCAAGGGAUCCUUAAAGAUGGCUGGAAUGCCCUUGCUCGCUAUUAUUUGAAUAACUUUUCUGAUGGCACAAAACAGGAUGCAAUUGAUCUCUUACAUGGGCAUUACAUUGUUUCUGUGAGCCGAGAUAUGACCCCUCCAUCUCAAAUAGGUGGAGGGCUUGAGAAUAUAGCUUCUUUUCCACUGGCUUUGUUGGUGAUCUUGAUUGGAUUCUUUUUUGCCAUGAUGUCACUUCGGCAAGUUCGAUAUGAUAUUCGGCAUUUAUUCUUCUCGAUUUUAUGGGCAAGCCUCACUUUUGGUAUUGGAGCUUUUGUGAAGGCCAAUGGAAGGGUUUUCUGCAAUCGGCCUCGUCUACAUAAGCCACGCCGUUGAUUAUAAGUUCCGAAAGCUCCAGCAACUAUAAAAAUUCCUGUGAAAUCCUCAGCUUGAUUCUUAAUUUUAUCUUCUCACAAUUUUCUUUUUAGUCUGCAAAGUUUUGAUGCUUGAUCAAUUAUAUAGUUAGAAGAUCCUCAUUUGUUGAGCAAUUUUUUGAUCUGAAUAUCACUUUUUUCCCAUCUUUUUCUUUCAUUUUCUUUCAUUUUCUUUCAUGUAUCACUGGAUCUUUCUGCCUUGUUCAAUUUUGAAACUUUUAGGUGGUAGGAUUACAGGAAUCAUUUGCAGCUUGAACCCUUUGUAUCAAACCCAUUAUGACCAACUUGUUCAGUUUUCUUUCUCAACUCUUAACUGUCAAUUACAGUUGGUAUCACUUUUAUCUGUAAAGGAUGCAAGAAAUAUUCCUGCUCUUA